AUGUCGCCCGGCAAGACUGCAAACAUCUCGUUCGACUCCGAGUUCGCCAACAUCAUCAAUGGCAAGGCACACACAAAGUCAGACAACUACCAUCAAGGUGUUAACCCUGCAACCGGCGAGAAGCUCUGGAAUGUCCCAAUUGCCAACCAGUCAGAUGUGGAUGAGGCUGUCGCUGCUGCACAAAAGGCGUUCGAAUCAUGGAGUGUCAAGCCCAUCGAGGAGCGCAAGGAGCUCUUGAAGAACUUCCGUGACCUCUGGAGUGGUUACCAGGAGGAGUUCACUACACUGCUGUGCAAGGAGACUGGAAAGCCUAGACAAUUCGCCGCCAUGGAGGUCGGUGCCGUUGGUGCAUGGUUUGACCACCACGUGGCUUUGAGUAUUCCUGAGGAGAGAAUCGAAGACGAUGAGAAAAUCAUGACUACUAGAUACAUGCCCUUGGGUGUCGUCGGUGCCAUCUGCCCUUGGAACUUCCCUCUGGUUCUCUCGUUCGGCAAGAUCGCCCCUGCUCUGCUUACCGGAUGUACUAUCAUCGUCAAGCCCUCACCCUUCACUCCUUACACCUCGUUGAAGGCAAUAGAGCUGGCACAGACCAUCUUCCCUCCCGGUGUCGUUCAGGUCCUCGGUGGUGACGACAAGCUUGGUCCCAUGUUCACAGAGCACCCCGGCAUCGCCAAGAUCAGUUUCACCGGUAGCAUUGCCACAGGAAAGAAGAUCAUGGCUGCUUGCAGCAAGACUCUCAAGCGUGUCACCCUUGAGCUCGGAGGCAACGAUGCCAGUAUCGUCAGAGAGGAUGUCGACAUCGAGGCUACUGCUCCUCAGCUCGUCAUGGGUGCCUUCCAGAACAGCGGUCAAGUCUGCGUUGCCACCAAGCGUAUCUACAUCCAUGAGAAGAUCUACAGACCCAUGGUCGACGCAAUGGCCAAGGUCGCCGCCAGCCUCAAGGUCGGCACACCCGACGAGGAAGGUGCCAUGCUCGGCCCCAUCCAGAACCAGAUGCAGUACGAGAAGGUCAAGACUUUCUUCCAAGACAGCAAGGACAAGGGCUACAACUUCAUUGCCGGCAGCGGAGAUGUCGAGAAGAAGGAUGGCUUCUGGCUCCAGCCCGCCAUCAUCGACAACCCUCCCAACGACAGCAAGAUCAUCCAGGAGGAGCAGUUUGGUCUUAUCCUUCCCGUUCAGCCUUACUCUGACGAGGAGGAGGUCAUCAACCGUGCCAACGACAGCAAUGCCGGUCUUGGUGCUUGCGUCUGGAGUAAGGACGAGAAGGCCGCCGAGCGUAUUGCUCUCCGUCUGCAAGCCGGAAGCGUCUUCAUCAACUCAUUCGAGAAGCCCACCCCUCAAGCCAUCUUCGCCGGCCACAAGGAAAGCGGUAUUGGCGGUGAGUGGGGCACCCAGGGUCUGUUGUCUUACUGCAACCCUCACGUCAUUCACCUCUACAAGAGCAAGCUGUAA